CUUUACAACUAAAGAGAACCAUGAAGAGCUUCUUCUCCCCUUUACAACUAAAGAGAACCAUGAAGAGCUUCUCUAUUUUCUUUGUUCUUCUCCCUCUUCUCUUGUUUGGUAUUACUGUGGACGCGAGGAAAGAACUACUAAAAGAUCAACAUCUCAACGAUGAUAAAACUUCUAUCGAGGAAAAUGGGCCAAAAUCUAUUUUAAACCAUCUCAACGAUGAGAAGUUCGAUCCCAAACGUCCCGAGUUCUUUCACUAUAGUUACAAUGAGGAUGAUAAAAAAGACAAGUCAACGUCAUUUGAGAAGUUCGAUCCUAAACGUCCUGAGUUCCUUCACUAUGGUUACAACGAUGAUGAUAAAAAAGACAAGUCAACGUCAUUUGAGAAGUUCGAUCCCAAACGUCCUGAGUUCCUUCACUAUGGUUACAACGAUAAUGAUAAAAAAGACAAGUCAACGUCAUUUGAGAAGUUCGAUCCCAAACGUCCUGAGUUCCUUCACUAUGGUUACAAUGAUGAUGAUAAAAUAGACAAGUCAACGUCAUUUGAGAAGUUCGAUCCUAAACGUCCUGAGUUCUUUCACUAUGGUUACAACUCUGAUGAGAUCUCAGGUGGCAACAAUGAUCAUAAGGAGACCAUGUAAAUUAGGCCUCCAGAGGAGCAUAUGGGUUUUAAUGAAAUUGUAUAAUGUUCUAUGUAUUUAAACGUUAUGUCCUCUAUGUAUGGGAGUGCUUACUUAUUAAAGAAAAAUAAAAAUGGCGUCGCCAUAUAUGAUAAUUGAAUAAAAGUAACACUUCAUUUCCUUCCUCUUUUCUCAA